UAGGGCUGGUAAACAAGCUUGGCUGCAGUCGUCAUUAAAAAUAUCAAAUUUUCUGCUUAGUUUUUGCUAAAUUAUGAACUAAACCGGUGCGGGGUUUGUUAGAAAAUUUGUGCGAGUUUCACUCAGAACGAGAAAGUUAUUGAUUCAAAAACAUUGACCGAGAAACUAGCAAAAAUCUUUUUUUUCGCUGCUUGGUACCCGAGGUCGCCGCGGUCGCCGAAAGUUUUAGUCGCGGAAAUCGGUCGUACGCCGCGUGAAAAGUGAAAUUUGGAUCGUUUUCCGUCGGUUUUGCGUGUUUUUCGGCAGAAGAGUUGAGCGGGGGUAGAGUGCGAUUGAGGAAAAAAGGAGAGUGUUUGAAAGAAGAAAAAUCGGAAGAGGAAGUGGAAGGAGCCCGGAAAGCCAAAUCAGGAUAGGCAAUAUCUGCUGCAAGGAACAAGCGGGAGCUCUAAAAGCGUUUGUUUGCGCUGAAAGAAGCGCGAAACGGAAGAGAAGAAGCAGAGAGAACAAGAAGCUUUUAGUUGAUUGAGAAGAAUAAAAAGUAAAUUUAAGUGCUUAAGAUAAGGGAUAGAAAAUUAAGUUAAACAGAAGAAAGAGAACAUGACGAAGGACAGCAGAAUACAACGAAUAGUAGAGAGUAGGAAGACGAACGGACGGCUGACUAGGAAACAGUCAAGAAACGCGGAGCAAAUACAACAGCUGACAGGAACCAAUAGCACCAGCGGAGAAGAUUUGGUGAUCAUUAUGGAGCUGGUGGAUCUAAACAAGCGAUUUCCCACACACCCAGCACAUGUCGGAAGGUUGCUGAAGGAAGCCGGAAUAACAAAUGUCGCAGAUGUACAGAAGAUCGGAAUGUUUCGCUAUAAAAUACUAGCAGGUAGCAGAGUCGAGAAGGAAAGAAUCAAACAACUGAAAAUGACACACCAAAACCUGAAGAUCUUCGAACCGAAAAGAAAAAAUCAAACGAUCUGCUUCAUCAGAGACGUACCUUUCAGCUUUAAGGAAGAAGACAUAUUGGAGAACCUGGAGGCGGAAGUCGAAACGUUGAAAGUAGAACGUAUCAAGAAACGGGGAAGAGAUAAUUCGCUGCAAGAUACACCAAAUAUCAAGCUCUUCGUCGAAGGACCCAAUCUCCCGGAGAAAAUAAAAAUCUACGGAUGCUGCUUCAAACCGGAGCUCUAUAUUUUUCCCAUCAGGCAAUGCAGGCAGUGUUGGAGAUUUGGGCACGGAAUAAAGUAUUGUAGAGCGGCACCGCGAUGUAAACAAUGUGGAGGAAGACACCAAGACGACGAUUGUGGAGGACGGAAAAAUUGUGUGAACUGCGGCAGAGACCAUGACGCACAGGCAAAGGACUGCCCGGAGAGGACUAGAAGGUGGAACAUCUUCGACAAAAUGAAGAAAGGUGCAACAUACGAAGAAGCAGAAAACAGCUACCCAAAACUAACAAAUGGGUUCGCAGGAUUGGAAGUUGACGAAGAGGAUCAAGGAAAUAUCGACACUUUAAGGAAUAUGACCUGUAAUCUCGGACAAAGGAAUCAAAAGCAGAUUUUGGAAAGAAGAAUGAGGAAUAGGGCAGUUUCUUGCACAGAGGUGGACAAUGAGACACGGAUUGACCAAACUGAGGCCAGUGACGUACAAAACAGUCAAAUUUCCAGACCGUGCAACAAUAGACCUUUCCCGUGAAAAAAUAUUAUUUGCUCAAAUAGUUCAUUUUAUUUUUCUGAGACACUUUUCCCAAGAAACCAGUAUUUUUGUAGGCCUGGAACUAUUGAAAAACAAUCAAAAACUUUUUUUGGGUUUUUUCACCCCUGUUUCCUCUUUAAUUUUUUUUCUCCACAAAAUCCGUUGGGCCCCAGUCUACCCUUUUCCAUCCUGUCAUUUUGAGUGGUGAAUUUAAAUUUGUUUUUGUUUUGCUCUGGUUUUGCUUUUGUCCAUUUUGUCAGUAAAAACAAAAACAACCGCUUUUUACGGAAAAAAUAUUGCAAGAAGUUUGCAUCUUUAUAUUAGUUAUUUAUCGGCGUUAUCUAGUCGCAUGCCAGUGAACCCAGUGAACUAUUCGCACUUUGUCGCAAGAAAACCACCCAAAUUCCAGAAGAAGGUUUAAUUAGCUCCCUGCAGCUGCGAUGAUCCAACGGAACCAACUUCCCUCUCCGUUCAGUGUCAUUCUUCUGCUGAAGUCAACCAAAUUUGCUGUGCCAAGUGGGGUCCUCGCUCGAUCGGUCUCAGCACGGAACCUCGUCGAUACUCUCCGUGAUCUCAAUACGAAUUGGUCAAGAAAUGACAAGGGAACACAUCUUUGUUGCAACGUUUCUUCCUCAUUUUUGGCAAAGCCUACGGUUAUCAACAUCGAUCACCGCAAAUCCGUGC